UCUACGCUUGCGCGGCAAGGAAGCCCUCACUUCCGGCCUUGCGCGCUCACGGCCUGAACCUACCGGGUGCAAGACGGUCAACAUGAAGUUCAACCCCUGCGUUACCUCGGACGGCAGCAAAACCCGCAAACGCCGCUUCAAUGCCCCCUCGCACGUGCGCAGGAAGAUCAUGUCUUCCCCACUGUCCGAGGAGCUGCGGCAGAAAUACAACGUCCGCUCCAUGCCCAUACGCAAGGACGACGAGGUCCAGGUGGUUCGAGGACACUACAAAGGUCAGCAAAUUGGCAAGGUAGUCCAGGUGUACAGAAAGAAGUAUGUCAUCUAUAUCGAGCGGGUGCAGCGUGAGAAGGCUAAUGGUACAACUGUCCACGUGGGCAUUCAUCCGAGCAAGGUGGUUAUCACCAGGCUAAAGCUGGACAAAGAUCGGAAAAAAAUUCUCGAACGCAAAGCCAAAUCUCGACAGUUUGGAAAAGAGAAAGGCAAAUAUAAGGAAGAACUUAUUGAGAAAAUGCAGAAUUGAAUGUAGCCUGUUGUGCAAGCGCCGUUUAACUGUAGACCUUUAGCUUGGUGUGUGUUCCUUUGAAACUUCUCAAGAUGUCUGCCAAACAUUUCAUCUCCUUCCUGUUUUGCUAUUGAUAAUGUAGCUUUGUAAAUCCGCUUUUGCUGUUUUAAUUAAUAAUUUUAUGACUAACAAUUGAAAAUGUUUCCUAAUUCCAAGGGGAAUUUGCAUUGUUUUAUAGAUAAAAUUCAUCUUAUUGUCAAUUCCUUGAUGCCAUUCUUUCCUAUGUUUAAUGUACUGAGCAAUAGAAUAGCAGUGGCAGGAUGGCUCUGUUCCUGCCUGGACCCUCAUGCUGAUUGGGUAGACAGGACAGGGCUCUGGUCCCUAAUUCAGGGGUUUGUCCCACUUAGUAGUAUUCGUGACGUCAGCUGGCACAUGUAAGACCUUGCUCAGUGGCUGGUGCUGCUCUGAUACUCCUGUCUCAAGUCUGAUGGAUUGCUCCAUGGCCCGUUUCCUCUCCCUUGUGCUCCAGCCAAACCAAAUGGCAUGCAGCUCCCUGACCAGGUUGCCCUUCCCAAGGUCUUGACUUUGCAAGUGCAUUUCCAAAUGACUGAAAUGUCCUUCCUCUCACCUGGAGCUAACUCAGGAAACUCCAGACUGACACAGUCUGGAGGCAGGAUUUGGUUCACAGAUUAUGUUUGUCCUUCUGUUUUCAUAAUUUUUUUUUAAAGAUUUAAUUUUUUAUUUAUUUAUUUGACAGAGAGACAGCCAGCAAGAGAGGGAACACAAGCAGGGGGAGUGGGAGAGGAGGAAGCAGGCUCCCAGUGAAAGAGCCCGAUGUGGGGCUCGAUCCUAGAUCGCCGGGAUCACGCCCUGAAGUGAAGGCGGACGCUUAACAACUGCGCUACCCAGGCGCCCCAUGUUUUCAUAAUUUUAAUAGGUCAAUUUCCAACAUUUAAAAGUUGAGGGGUUUCAUGGAGAAAUCCAGAUCUUGCUUCACCUGGUUGCAUGGGGCCCUGAUUCCACACAGCAUCAGUUGUGUGGAGCUCAGAGGCUGGCUGCUUCCCAUCCAGCACCAUUCCUGUACACAACUUGCUGGGCCCCCACUGGCAUCUUGAGUUUUAAACUCCAGGUCUAACUGCAGCCAACCUAAUGUGAGUUCAUUCCUUAGUGAGUUAUAUAGAUAGAGACUACAUCAGGUGUUGUUAUACAAAGGAAACUGCAGCAAACAGGAUCACAGGGAAUAGCUUCCAAAUCCGGGACUCCCCCGGUAGGGGUGAAUAGGUUUCUUUUAUUUAGGGUUAUGAUGAAUAUUCAGAAAGGAGUUUCUUCACUGUAGGUAGAGGUGGGCAUAAGGUUGUGCAUGUGUCUUGAGGAAACAUGCCUGUGCAAGCAUUGUAUGUUAUAUUAAUGAGGUUUGUUCUCCUUGGGUGGGGAUUUUAACAUUAUAAUGAACAGAGGUAACUGUUGGACAAGAGGAAAGGGCUACGGGCAAGCUCUGAGAGCCAAUAUAAACUGGAUUGGGUCUUGGGCUCCUUAUCUCAGGGAAGGAAUGCUGGGCCUUGCUUACUUUUGAAACAGCCCUGGGAGUUUUGCCACUGAUUUAUUGUCUCUGAUAUGGUUAGGCUGUUUCCUGGCCUACUAGAAUCUGUUAGUUUUUGCAUUCUCUUUGUUCCCUUAAAAUCCUUAACUAUCGAGGUUUUUGUUUUUCUUUGUAAUUCUGACACCUCCUAGGAAGUUCUGCAAGAAGUGUGCUAGGGCAAGAACAGCCAGUUGGGCAUCGAUGGUGGGAAACAGCUGGGGCCUAAAAUGACUUCUCUUUGUUUUUCCGAGGACCCCUAACUCUUUGCUUCCAUCACUUCUAGUUACCCUUCAAGAGUUAGCUCCGGAUCGGCAUCCAAAAUCCUCCCGUGGGGCGCCUGGGUGGCUCAGUCGGUUAAGCGUCUGACUCUUGAUCUCAGCUCAGGUCUCAGUCCCAAGGUUGUGAGUUCAAGCCCCCCAUUGGGCAUGGAGCCUACUUAAAAAAAAUAAAAAGUAAAUAAAAACCUCCCUUGCUUCGGUAAUAAAUUAUUGAUUAAAAUUCAUAAAUGAUGAAAUUGCAUAAAAUUAUAAAAAGCCUUUUAUGGCUGUCUAGUGACACGUGGCCUGAUACAUUGGAGUUUCUUUUUUUUUUUUUUUUUUUUUUUAA